AUGGAUCCAGAUGAUCUCGUCACAGAUCGGGGGUUCGGCGAGUGGGAGAGAUUACUCAACGAAGGGUGCAAAUUCCCCCCAGCUGCAAGAGAGCGGGAAUGUCAAGUUAUUGAGCGUGGGAAAUAUAAUAAAUCCGUUAAAAGAACCCUUGAGAGUCGUUACUAUAGUAUGAUUAGCGCCGAGCUCCGUCCAAAGGAGUCUCCUCCAAGAAACCAUUACUUUCCCCUUUGUGGUUUGAAGCACGUUCUCAGCCGCGAGAAUUUGGAAGAGAUGAGGCAGUGUUGGUUUCCGGAUGAGGACCCUGUUGUAUGGUACAACCAGAUAUGGGGAAGUAGCUUGCAGACGAGUCGUGCCCGGAUAUUUGCGCUUCUUUUACGGUUAGAGAAGCCCCAGCACAUCACGUUAUUUUAUUGUUACAAGUUGUUCGACUCGUCGCUUCCUCUUUCACGAACUCAUGCGGUGUUUCAAGCGGAAGGGUUUACCGACAAGGAUGCAGAUUCAUUUGUUGAAAAGCAGGAAAUGGUCCUUGCUCCCUUUUUCCAUUUUAACUCCCAAAAGAUCAAACAUUAUAAGCUCAACAAUGAGAUGCCGAUACCUCUCUUAUACAAAGAGCAGGUUAAGGGAGGAUCGGGGACGCAUGGGCGAGUUUGGAAAGUGUUAUUCCAUCAUGAUCACUACUAUUGUGAAGAGCACGAGAAAUGGGGAAUUCCUGGGCCGUUUUAUGCGUUGAAAAAAUUCCAUCGUGAUCGCGAAUCUAAAAAGAACGACUUUUACCAUGAGCGAGCAGCUCUAGAACGAUUUAGCGGGUCCCAAUCAGGUCAUAUACAUCUCAUUCCACUACUGAUGUCUUAUGAAACGGAUACCACAUAUUACAUGGUUUUCCCCUGGGCUAGAUAUAAUCUUAAGCAGUUCUGGAAAAAUGUCCCAAAUCAGCCAAACUCUAAUGAGUCGCUACAUUGGAUGCUUGGCCAAUGCUAUGGCCUGGCCAAGGCUCUGCAGAAAGUUCACAGGCAUAACAGUUGGAAAGGUCUCCAGAACCGGGGUCGACAUGGAGAUAUCAAGCCACUCAAUAUCCUUUGCUUUAGCUCCCAGGAGGGAGACGAGGAUGAUACCGACCCUACCAGAUAUCGGCUCGUCAUUGCUGAUUUUACUCUUAUGAGAUUCCACUCCGCUAAUUCUGUCGACCAGGGCACGGCUUCUAAAGUUGGAUACUCUCGAACCUACCAGCCACCCGAAACUAGGAUGGGCGGCGAGGAGCCGGUCAACCAAAUGUAUGACGUGUGGACGUUAGGCUGCGUUUAUAUCGAACUAAUAACUUGGCAUUUGCUCGGAUCCAAAGCGAUUUCUAAGAAGUUCAACAGAGGAAAUGACCCUCAAUUGCUUCAAGGCUUUCAAACUCUACGAAAGUUAGAGGACACUAAACAAUAUGACCAUGUCGAAGAUAAGUUCUUCAACAUAGAUGGAGAGAAGGGGCCUAGUGUAAAAGGCUCGGUCCCAAAGUGGUGUAACUUUCUCCGCCAGCAGCCGCAUUGCUCUGAGCAGCUUGGACUAUUCCUAGAUCUGAUCAAGAACCAUAUGCUGAAGGAGCGGCCCGGCCAACGAUAUAAGAUUGAUUGGAUUUGCAGUGAGAUGGAGUAUAUUCUUGGAAACUCCGUCGGUGGCAACGGAUAUCGUCUCGGUCACCCUUUGGACGAGAUCGACACGGGCAACUUUCCCCCUCCUUUUACAUCCGAUACCGAGAAACGCCUCGAAAACCUUCGCAGGCUCCCACUAGAGUCUUUAACCCAGUCUGGGCUUAAUGAAACCAACGCCAACGACUUGGACGUAAGCAUAUUGUCUCAAAAGCUACUAGGGGUCCCUGGCACAACGAGUGAGCGGACAUCCAUGGAAACCACGACCAUCAGCAGAGCCGCUUCGACAAUUGAUCGAGGGUCUGUAUCGCAGCCAGGGCAGAGACUGAGCCGUCGAUUCCUCUCUCCUUCAGAUGCCAUUUCUAAUGCGGAAACACGACUCGGAAGCGCGCACAGCAAUGAAAGUGAUGGAUUCAAGGGAUCUAUUGACUCCAUGGAAACAAGACCCAUGGACUUUACUGUUGGGAACGAUCCCGUGGCUGGAAAUAUGGAGGAAACUAGCCCUCACGACGGACGACUUUCCAUGCGCGAUCGUGUGAUACAGAAACUUGAGCGCCUGAAGUCACGUUUACAAAAUCUGGUGAAGCAGAUGAUGAGGCAUUAG